UCCAUCUGCUCUACUUUCACUUGAACUAAGAGGAUCUGAUGAGUUGACAAUCAGAAUGUCAGAUGACACAAACCGCCAUAAUGGGACGCAGCCACACCCACUGACUUGUGUAAAAGGAAGCAGAACGAGAGCAUUAGUGUAAAACUUUGGUGCUUUGCGUCUGUGCUGUUGGAGCUGUUGGAGCUGCGCUGUGGUGAACAGUAGGAGCAGGAUGGAAAGCGGUUGCAGCAGUGACAGUCAGGAGGAACACGAGGAGAACAGUCCCAGAAAGAAUGAGGGCUGCAAGUGUACGUGCGACAAUGGUUGCUUGCCUUUUGCCGAUUUCUGUGAGGUGUGUUGUGAAGGUCUCUGUGAGGGGUGUUCUGACAGUCUCCCUGAGGCGCGUGGUGCGGCUGUCUCUGAGGGAUGUUGCGCGGCUGUCUCUGGGGGAUGUUACGCGGCUGUCUCUGAGGGAUGUUACGCGGCUGUCUCUGAGGGAUGUUGCGCGGCUGUCUCUGAGGGAUGUUGCGCGGCUGUCUCUGAGGGAUGUUGCGCGGCUGUCUCUGAGGGAUGUUGCGCGGCUGUCUCUGAGGGAUGUUGCGCGGCUGUCUCUGAGGGAUGUUGCGCGGCUGUCUCUGAGGGAUGUUGCGCGGCUGUCUCUGAGGGAUGUUGCGCGGCUGUCUCUGAGGGAUGUUGCGCGGCUGUCUCUGAGGGAUGUUGCGCAGCUGUCUCUGAGGGAUGUUGCGCGGCUGUCUCUGAGGGAUGUUGUGCAGCUGUCUCUGAAGGAUGUUGUGAGGUUCUCCUUGAAGUGUGCCUGGCUGUCUCUGAAGGGUGCCUGGCUCUUUUUGGCGGGUCUUGAGAGGUUCGAUCUGAUGGGUCUUCUACUUAUGUGUGUUCAGUGCUGUCUUCUGAGUGUGGAGGAUGUGACUGCAACUGUGACAUCACCUAACUGACUCCUCUCACCUCUCAUUAAGAUCAGCUCUCCUCGGGACACGGAUUAUUAUUCUCACAAUUAACCUGGAAUUGUAUAUUUCUGGAAAAACAUAAACAAUGUUCAUACGUGUAGAUUUGACAUUUGAAAAUAAAGUGUUUUGAAACAAAUAU